GAGGCGGCCAACAAGCACGUGGUGCUGAGUGGGGACAACCUGCAGGUGCUGGUGGCGAGACUGCAGACUGACGCUCUCGUGCACCAGAAUGCGCUGCAGGUGCAAGGCAUUCUGGAGAUUCUCAACCUCGCUCUGCACCUGCCGCCAUCAUCGGAUGCUGAGGCCGAGAAAAACUGGAUGGAGACCCUCGAGAGCUCUCUGCUUGUGGCUGCUGACGUCAUCAGUGCCAUCUCCCGGAGCCGCAGCAACAUCAUGUACUGCAGCAACGCGGUGCUGAUUAAGACCAUCUUCAGCUGCUGCUCUCCGGCCUUCAUCACCCGCUUCAGGGCUGUGAUUCUGUCCCGCGCAGUGGUGCUGCUGCUGCUGAAGAACGCCCUGUUCAACAAGCUUGAGAGGGCGAGGGACGUCAGUGCAGAGCUGCUGUUCCUCAUAGCUGAGACCGACGCCAAAACAGAGCAACUGCUGGCGAAUCUGCUGCCAAAGGGCUUCUUCUUUGUGCUCAAGGACAAGACAGAAGCAGCAAGGAAGGCUGAUGCUGAGGAGGCAGCAAAGGCGGCAGCAGCAGGGGGCGCUAGCUCCACCCUAGCCUCUGGACUCAAAGUCGCAGCAGCAGUGGCAGCGGCGGCAGCAGCGGCGGCAACAGCAAGCACAGCCACAGCACCGGGCAGUGGGGCUGCAGGGGCGGAUGGUGCAGGGGGGCAUGGGGGGGGUGCGGGCAGUGGGAGUGGGGGACUGGGGUGUGUGGUGGCGCUGGGGGUGUGGAAAGAGGCGCUGGAGAUGCUGAGAAGAAGGAGCAUUACCACGCCGGUGCUGGUGUGGAAUGAUGCCAAGAGACACGAGCUGCAUGCGUACCUCAAGGAGCAGGUGGAGGCGUUUGACACUGCCCUGGGGUGCACAGGAGGCGGCAAGGACAUUCAUUUCAACACAGACGACUGCGAGUGUGUCUACUCGCCUGCCAGCAACGACAAUGAUGUGUGCAAGACCAUAGUGGAGGGGGUUCACUUGGAGGUCCUUCUCCAACCUUCAGACGACUCCUCCCCUGCUCUGGCGGCCCACUGGAAGCUGGACGACCCGGCGGCUCUCUUCACGGCCACGCUGCAGGCGCUGCUGCUGUGCUUCACGCCCCUCUACGGCACGUGUGAUUUGCCCGAAAUUGAGCCAAGGCUGGCUGUGGAUGCGCUCACGUGGAUGUAUGAGCGGCACGAGGGGGAGAUCCGAGGGGUGGUGGAAAACCUACACGUGGUGGAGCUCUUUGUGGCGAUGCUGCGGGAAGCCAUAGACAACGACCACGUGGUGUUUGCCUUCAAGUCGCUGCUGUUGCUCCGCAUCAUCAUGGAGAGGGCUGGUCGCCCUGCCGUCUCUCGGUUUGUCAAGGCGGGCGGCAUGUCGAUUAUCCUGCCCCUCAUGGUCAACUCGCUGGCUAAGUGCUGCAAGGAUGAGACUCUAUUUGAAUGUGACGCACCAAGUGUGAAGGACCGGGGAGCAAUCGAGGUGGUGCCGGUGGUGGGCGCGGACGGCGAAGUGCGGAUGGCGCGGGUGCCAUCUGGGCGGCAGGCGAAGGAGGGCGGCGCAAGCACGGUUCACCAUGGGGGGAGUGUGGAGGCGAGGGACGCGAUCAAGUGGCAGGAUGAGAGUGUGCCAGAGAAGCUGCAGAUGGGGAUGGCACUCGAGUUGCUGGAGACUGUAUUAGAUGUCAUUGAGGUGCCUGGAGGCUUGGAGAGGUACCCCCCGCCCCUGCCUCUGGAGGACCUGGCUCGGCCGGAGCUGCUGUGCAGCCUCGUGCAGGUGCUGCUGCGGGCGAAGUCACCGAGCUUCAGAAGGAUCCUCGAGGUGCUCUCGAUUCUGUGCCGGGGGAACAAGCAGGCGGCCAGCGAGCUGCACCGGUUUGGGUGCUUCCCCAUGCUGCUGUGGAAGGUGGUGGCAGGGGAUAUUAGCCACGACGACCGCACCCGCAUCCUCAAGUUCCUUGCGCGCACACACCUCGUGCAGGACCCAUCCGCCUUAGAGCACGCCCCUGUGAAGGGGCUGGUAGUUGUGGAGCACCUGCCAUGGCACGAGAGCAUUCUGCGGCUCUACCUCCCUGCUGGCCUCGUCUCCAAGCUCAUUCAGGAGGGAGCUGAACUCUUCUUAUCCAACCUCGACACGGAGGACAUCGACACGCCCGAGAUAGUGUGGAACGAGGACAUGAAGGACCGCCUGAGAACCUUCCUGGAGGCGGACCUGCAGCCGUACGUGCAGGCAAGGGCAGGGGACCCCCACGCUGUCUAUGAGUACGAGCCCAAGCCGCCCCUCGUGUACCCCGAGCUCGCAGGAACCAUCUUCGUGGCGCCCGUUUAUCUGCACAACGUGUUGGACGCUGAGAGGUUCCCCGCGCACCAAGUGUUUGACUCCACCUCGUUCCACCACAGCGUGCUCAGGGAGUACGAGCGCAUCCUGCAGGCGACCACAGCAGUGGGCGGGGGAGCUGUGACGUGGAGGCAGGAGGCCCCUCGGCUCGUGCUGCUGCUCAAGGCUCAGGCUGUGAUUCUGGACCGGUACCCACAGAUCCCCCUGGGAGCGGAGGCAGAGAGUGUGGUCAUCGACAUGGCCACUCCAGCGCUGCGUGUGUGCAUCGCUCAGAGGGACGACUGCCCACCCCAGAUGGCGGAUAUCCUGCAGCACGCUGCCAAGAUCCUGAGGGGAAUCGCUGCCACACGAGACAAGGAUGCAGACGUAUCUCAGCCGUCCAUCAACUUCGCCCUCAGUGUGCUCUCAUGCGGCGCUCGUGUGAAGUCAGACGGAAGCUUCCCGGACUCCCCUGCCAAGUCCCCUCUCGAGCCCGCCCUGUCCUGCGCCCUCUCCAUCCUCGAGCUCGCUGCCUCGUCCAAGGAAGGCCGCAAGCAACUAAGGGACGAUGUGAGAUGGCGCAAGGGCUUCUGGUGGGCGCUGUGCUCGGCUGCUGGGGAGAGCAGCAGGAGCAGUGCGGAUGGGGUGCCGUGCUCGCUGGCCUUCGCCGCCCUUGACUGCCUCAACCACUUCGCCGGUGACAGAGACAUGUGCUACCGGCUCAUCAACCAGGCCCUUCAUCUGCCGCUCUUGCUCCUCGCCGUCCCAUCUGAAGCAACCCUCGAGGACGAGCGGCGCCGAGACGAAACAGGCCAGGAGCCCAACUUCAGAGCGAAGGCCCUGCAGCAGGUGGCAGCAGAGGUGCUGCGCACCCUGGCAAUCACCCUGGAGCAGGCCCUCCCCCCCGAGGGCGAGCCCAGCCCGCGGGGCUCUCUGCUGCACAUGCAGCAGAUGGAGCAGCAGCAGCAGGAGCAGGAGCAGGGCGGGCUGCUGUCUUACGUCAUCCCCUGGGGCCUGCUGGACGCGCUUAAGAACCCUGAUGCUGGGGCAGCGAAGCUGGUGGCUCUGGUGGGCGCGGAUGGGGAGAUGCCGACUGCGAUUUGGAAUGCGGCUGUGAGGGAGGAGCUAAGGCGGAAGGUGGAGGGGCGGAUUAAGAAGUUUAAUUUGGCGCAGGCGGGGGGGUCUGCAGCAAGUGCAGGGACGGAGGAGGAGGAUGAGGUGGCGUGGCUGCGAUCGUUCAGGUGAGAUAGAUAGGGCAGCUGUUC